AUGGGUGGUUUUACGCUGCUUCAUAUAGCAGCUUUGAAUAACGAUCAAAAAUUGGUGGAUGAUCUGCUCCGCAAGAAAGCUGAUGUGAAUUCAAGAAGUAAAUACUGGGGUACAGCUCUUCACAUUGCUGUUUUAUCGGAGAACCUGGGGAUAGUUCAAAGUCUAACCAACUAUGGAGCAGACGUUAAUACUCAACUAAUUGCUGACCUUGCUUUGAUCCAUUUCCAGUAUGGUACCAUACGUCAAUUACGUGAUUGGCAAUAUCAUGAAGUUCCUAAGUUUUUAUUAAAAGAAAAAGAUGUUGUGAAUGAGAUGUUGAAAACUUAUAAUUUUGGUUUUGGAAAAUCACUGUUACAAAUCGCUGUUGAUCGAAGAAAUGAAAAAAUGGUAGAGCUACUUUUGAUAAAUAAUGCUGAUCCGAACCUGUAUAUUGAUGGUACUAUAUCACCAUUAAUCUCUGCUAUUACUAACAGAAACUUACCAAUAAUAAAGCUUCUUCUGGCAUACGGCGUGGAUGUUAAUAGUGCAAUUGGAAGUGAUUUAGAAGAAAGUCCUCUACAUAAUGCUGUCAAGUCCGGAAACCGAGAAGCAGUAGAAUUGAUUUUAAACGAUAAUAUGGUUAAUGUAAAUAUAGUGAACGUGUUUAACCAGUCAGCACUUCAUUACGCAUUUAUUGCGCCCGACGAUAAUAUCAUAAGACAACUUCUUGAUGCUGGUGUUGAUAUCAAUAUAAAAAACAAAAAGUGUCAAACAGCAUUUGCUUCAAGACUUAUUUAUUCACAAAAAGUUAAAGACACAAUUGCUGAACAUAUUGCUAAACUCAGUGCGGUGAAUUUUUAUGUUGAUAAACAAAAUUCAGCAGUCGUCUAUAUUAGCAGUAAAAAAUUUUGUGAAUUGCGCGGCCAGUGCAUAAACGAAGUUGAAAAAAUGAAGCAAACAUUUAUUGGCACGAGUAAUGUUACAUUUUAUAAUGUUUUAUAUAAUAAUUGUGAACACAAAUUAGCUUUAGGAUUAAAGUAUGUUAGUAAAACUGCAAUUUUAAGUUUGAACAUUCCAUCUCUUUUUCCACUAUACAGUGGAAUGAUUACUCAUCGUUUAAGGAAAGUAUUAAGACGGAAAAGAUUGUUAUCCAAUGCUAUUGGUAUGACAUAA